CCGCGGUGUAUACACCUUGCAAUAAUUGUGUUGCGCAAGGUGUUGUAUGCGAAUAUGGGAAUCUGAAAACGACUCGGAGCUGCAGGGAGUGUCGUCUUGAAGGGGCGUCGUGUCAACUGCCCCGGGACGAUCACAUCGAGGACGAAGACGAGGAUGAAAUAGCAAAUGAUGAAGUCGAAACAGAUACUGGAACCGGAGACCCAUCCGCAGACAAAGCGACCAGUUCAUCUUCAGCAGAUAUCGUUGUCUGGUUAUAGACCAGGCAGAAUAUCAGUUGCUCAGACGAAAUUUUUGAAAAUCUACAAUUCAGGCUGUGAGCCCAGUAAGAAAGAUCAGUGGAUCAAGGAGAUGUUCGAUGCAUAUACACAAAUGACUCGGAGGCAACAGGAAGAUGUUGCCGAUGUCUGCAAAAAGCACGAUAGAGAGAAAUGGGCGCACAUCUUAGCAGGAAUGGUGCACAUCAACAUUCGGGCGAGGGAGGAGCGGCCACUCAUUAGAACGACUGUCAUCAACGCCGAUGUCUCUGGCUGGGAUAUUAACCCUACCUACAACGAAAUGCGGUGCAAAGGAUGUUCAUCUGAAGGGAUUAGUUGCGAAUUUGCGAGUCAGGAUGCGGAUCUUCCUGGAUGUAGGGAAUGCCUCAUCUUGGGCCGGGAGUGUGUGGGUUUCCGCAGACCGGAGCCAGCCACGAUUUCGUCACGUAAACAAACGCGAAGAAGCCACGACGAGACUCCUGCGACCGAAGAACAGUCCAUAACGGAGACAUUGACAUCACGUCUUCGCUCUGCAAAGAAUCGCAUUAAUGAAGUCAAGACAACACCAUCUCCGAACUCCCGAGCAACGACGAAACGGAACAUGCUACGUAUCCCCCCGGUCACAUCUUCAUCUCAGCAAGAGGACACACACAAACAUCGGGAGAGAGAGCGAAUCUCUCUUCGUCUUCCACGUACGACAGAAGCCGAAAACAAUAUCGAUGUUCCAAAGCUCAAAUCAAAGCGCACGGCUAUUCCUCUUGAUCCAAUUCCCCCUUCCGAUGAGGACAAUGAUGAUGAAAGAAGUAUAAGCAUGGGCCCUCCGAUGUUCAACCUUCCUGUUACGCUCACUUCAAACGGCUUGUCCCUUGCCCCAGGCGCCUUCCAGUCACUAUCUCGACAACCUACGCCCGCUCCGUCGUUCCCCCGCACAUUUACUGCUCCUUCCCUUGCUCCUGCUUUUCGAUCCCCAGAACCACCGUCAAAGCGAUCCAGGAUCGAUCUAGACGGUCGAGAUGUCCGAUAUCAUACCCCGAUGCCGGCUGAUGAGCCAGCGCUAUACCACAAAGAAGACAAGUUGAUCGAGCGUAUGGAGCGGGAGGUGGAGAGGAAGGAUCGUGAGCUGGAGAGGAAGGACCGAGAGCUUGAAGAAAUGAGAGAGAAGCUGAAGUCUGAGAGAGAGGGUUGGUUGCUGUUGCAGGAGGCGCUUGAGAAGGACAAAGAAGAGACUAUGCAGAAAACGGAACGCGCGAAGGAAGUAGUGGAGAUGGAGAGAGAGAAGGAGAGGGCGGCGUGGCGUGGUGCCAGCGAGGCUUGGAAGAAGGAAAAGGAAGCGUUGGAGAAGGAUAAUGAGAAUUGGAAGUUGAAGGUGGAUGAAAUUUGUGUGGAGAGGGACAAACUCAAGGCCGACAUAGAGAACAUGCAGAAGGAGAACGACAAGGACGAAGAUCAUCUAGCCGAUAUCGAACGAGCAUUGCAGGAGAUGAGGGCGAGACGUAAACCCGUGAAGGAUGCAGCAUCCACGGUUGGUGAUGAACAGAGGCCGUAAUGAAGUGGUUCAAGUGCUAUGUCUCGAUCUAAAUGGCCCACCCAUUGUAAGGGUGGGUAGUUAGCAUCUGUAUGUAUUUUAUAUCCGGUGGCUUUCUAUCAUUGCUUUGCGCCGCUAUCUGUUUUUUGAAUAAAGUACAAAUGUAAAGUUUUGUAGUGGAUAUGCUUUGCUGAUAACGGUUUAUAGUAAAAUGAAUUUUUUACGUCGUAAAUUAGUGGAACCUUUUGUGACUUUCGCAGCAAUGUUACAACAGUUUUAUCAUGGCACCUGUACCUGCAUAUUUUCUGCAGGCCGAGCAAAUAGUAAAACAGGAAGAUUUAUGUUGAAAUAAUGAAGUGAAGAUCG